GCUUUCCGCCCGCCCUCCUCAAACUGCGCGCGACCCACCCCGUCCUCGUAAACACCGCCCGCUUCCCUCGCUCACUUCCAAACAGUCCCCCUUCUUCCGUGGAGGAGAGCGUCGUCAAUAAAUACGGACCCCAGCAAUUCGGUGAACGCAUUUCAGCGACGGGCUUCGGGCUAUACAAGGAUACACAAGCGGGGAUUCCCAGUGUCAAGUCCACUUUUAAGAGGCUAAAGGGUCCAGGUGUGUUUGAAGGCAACCAUGACCACACUGCUGGGAUUCAUGCUUCUUCUGUCUGCUCUCUGCUGCUCCCUGGGGGAUCAGGGGGCGCUACGUCGAGUCAGGAGAGGAACACGGAGCUGGGCAGUCCCUCUCUCAGACCGCUGUAGGGAUGUGGAGGGGCGCUGGCGGGUUCGGGGGGAGACCUGGCUGCGCUGGAGGGCUGCGAGGGCGGAGUUCUGCCGCUGCUCCACAAGGGGGCAGGAGCGCUGUCACUCUGUGCCCGUCACCUCGUGUCCCUUGUCGCAGUGCUAUAACGGGGGGACGUGUAAGGAGGCGGUGUACUCCAGCGACUUCCUGUGCCUGUGCCCCCCCGGCUUCUCUGGGGAUCGGUGCGAGAUCAACACAAGUGAGAAGUGCAUUGUGGGACAGGGGCUAGGUUACCGUGGUACCUGGGCGAGCAGUGCAGAGGGAACUUCGUGUUUAAACUGGAACUCUACGAUCCUGAGAGGGAAGAAGUACACCGCCAAGAGACUGGACGCCAACAGCCUGGGACUGGCUGACCACAACUACUGCAGGAACCCGGAUAAUGACACCAUGCCCUGGUGCUACGUGCUUCAAGGGAUUCAGGUUGCCUGGAAGUACUGUGACCUGCCCACCUGUCCCUCAGACCCAAACCUGGAGUGCGUGCGGGGCAAGGGGCUGUCGUACCGGGGGACGAAAGGGGUGUCCCAAAGCGGCCUCCGCUGCCUGCCCUGGGACUCCCGGCCUGUGAACCGCAAAGCGCACAAUGCCUGGAGGUCCAACGCCAGGGACCUCGGGCUGGGUAGCCACAACUUCUGCAGGAACCCGGACGGUGACCUCACCCCUUGGUGUUACGUUUACAAGGGGUUCCAGCUGACCUGGGAGGCCUGCGACAUCCCCAAGUGCAGGAGACGGCCGUCGAGCGGCACCACGCUUGGCCCUCGAGGAACAACCAUCGGCAACCGGGCUACCUGCGGGCAGCGUGUGGAGAGGCCGGCGUUGGGCCCCAUGUAUCGGAUGUGGGGGGGGCAGGACAGUGACAUCACCACGCAGCCGUGGCAGGCAGCCAUCACGUACUACAGCCGCCGGUCGAAGGAGCAGGUGUUCCGCUGCGGGGGCGUGCUGAUCGCCUCCUGCUGGGUGCUGUCGGCAGCGCACUGCUUCCCCAAAGACCCCCGCGAAAUCGGACCGCUCAAGGUGACCCUGGGCAGAACCUUCCGGAAGGAAAACUCGAGUAGUGAGCAGAUCUUUAACGUGGAAAAGUACUGGGUGCACGAGCUCUUCAAUUCGGAAACAUACGAUAACGACAUUGCCAUACUGAAGCUGAAGACUGAUAUCGGGAUCUGCGCCAUCAACUCCCCCGAGGUGCUGCCCGUCUGCGUGCCCGAGCCCAGCACGGAGCUGCCCGACUGGUCGGAAUGCGAGAUCUCCGGAUAUGGGAAAGAGCACGAGUUCUCGGCCUUCUACUCGGAGCGGGUGAAGAGGGGGCACGUGCGCCUGUGGCCCCAGGAGCGCUGCGUCCCAGAGAAGCUGGCCGGCCGCGUCGUCACCAAAAACAUGCUGUGCGCCGGGGACACCCGCGGGCUCGACGACGCCUGCAAGGGGGACUCUGGGGGACCCCUGGUCUGUCAGAAGGACGGGCGCAUGACGCUUUUGGGGAUCAUCAGCUGGGGCGACGGCUGUGGAAAGAAGGACACCCCGGGGGUGUACACCCGCGUCACCAACUACAUCGGCUGGAUCGCCCGCAAAAUGGCCGCCCGGGGCAUCUGAGGCCGCGGCAUGCGCGUCGCGCCGCAGAGCGGCGACCGGCUGGCUGGCGUCUCCGCCCUGGUGCACCUCAAACCCACGGACUGCUGCGCCCGCGUCGCCCCCCCCCCCGGAAACAGGGCCCGACGCCGCCAAGCGACCCCUCGCCGGGGGAACCUCGAAAAGACACGAACCCCAGGAAUGAGCUGAGCCAAAGCGCCGGAAUGUUCCGCUGAGCUCCUCGCUCUCUUUCAUCUUUGCCGCAACUUUGUAGGACUUUUUUUUUGGGACAAGGAAACGCAGAAAUAUCGAGGAAGAGAACCCCACCACCACCCCCCAGCCUGACUCACUGUACAGCCAGCCAGACUCUAACUCUACUACCUAGCCUCUCUCGUGUACUUUGUCUUUUUAAAUCCCCCAUUUGUAGUUUAAAAAAAAAAAACCUUUUUUCCUGAUUUUCUGAACUGAGAAUGAAGCAGUGAUUGAGCACUGCAUCCACAGACUAAGCGACGUGGAGAUAACAUGACAUAACAUAUGCUUUGUGCUUUGUGCUGGAGAGGAGCUGCACUGCGGCUAACUUGGCUAGGGAAGCUACACUGUGGCUAACUCAGCUGGGGAAGCUGCGUUGUGGCUAACUUGGCUGGAGACGCUACACCACGCUAGACCAUGGCUAACUCAACUAGCCUGCUACACUGCCCAACCUCCCAUUAUGCAGUUUGGUUCCUAUAAUCACGCAGUGCGCUGAUUCUCUCUGUCCUUUCCAUACACAGGUACCUGGCUCUGGUUGUACAGUACAUCCCCCUCAAUAACUGCAGAGCUAUGAUAGGAAGAUCAUUUUUAUUUGCAGAUCCUUCACAGAUCGUUUGUAUAAAAGUUCAGUUCAGUUUUGCCGAGUGAUCCGUCUCAUUUGACGGCUGCGGAUGUUUCUUUCAGGGAGAGCAGGGACGCACCAGCGUUCUCUUUCCACCUCCAUUUUAGGCGCAUCCAUGAUCGCUGAUAAUGAGCUGGAGGAGUCCGUUUGUAGAGCUGCAGCAUGAAGAAACACCUGCAGUGGCCAGCUGUUACCACCAUGCACACACGCACACCUGGAGCACACCUGGAACACACCUGGAGCACACCUGGAACACACCUAACUCCUCCGUGUCUUUGUUUUUUGUUUGCAUAUUACGUUCAGAUAAACCGUUUUAGAACAAGGUUUUUUUUUUCUUUUUACAUUUCUUUAAGUUAAUAUUUAUUUAUAGACGAAGAAAUCAUUUUAACUAUGUGAUAUACCUGUAUUUGAUUUGAUUUUUAUUUAUUAUUCUGUGUUUAUGUUGACAUUUUGGAAAGAUUUGUAUAGCGUCUCUUUUCUAAAUAAAUCUUUUUAUAUCAAAA